UUUUUUAUUUUUUUUAACCUUUAUUGAACAAUUCAGAAUACAAUUCUCAGAAAACAAAACGAACGUGCUACCAAUACAUACAUAUUACAAACGUUGAAACAAAAAAGAAUAUUUUUAACCUUUAUUGAACAAUUCACAAUACAAUUCUCAGCAAACAGAAAACAAAACGAACGUGCUACCAAUACAUACAUAUUAAAAACGUUUAAACAAAAAAAGAAUAUGUCGUGCCGAUGACGUCACGUAUGGCGCACAUCGAUGUUUGAGUUCUAGCUAACGAUUAACCGAACUGCCGUUUUAGCUCCAAAGUAACACCAAAUGUCAAUCGAUGUCCGUCCUUCUGCGAAUACACCAGACAUGUUGACAUCUGUCGCCACGACGAUCUCACUACUGCUACUCGGCGCCGCCCUGGUGGAGAGCACAGGCGAGGCUCGCUCGGCCACUGCCGGCCGGCCGCGGAUCCCGACGGCAAUCCCGCCACCGAUUCCACCGCCAACGUCUGCCGCCGCGGUGUUCCUGCGGCGCAACUCUGCCGAGCAGAUCCUGCGCUCGACCGCCGCCGCAAGGAGGCGGCGAGCAAAUGCCAUGUUGCUGGAAGAGAUGUUUCCUGGUGACCUGGAGCGCGAAUGCUACGAGGAACGUUGUUCCCAGGAGGAGGCCGCCGAGAUCUUCCAGUCGCGGGAGAAGACGCUGGAGUUCUGGUUCCGGUACACCAACUUGAGUCCGUGCGCCAGCAAUCCCUGCGUGAAUGGUGGCAAGUGCAUGCUGGAGCGCGGGGAUUUCCUCUGCCUGUGCCCGCCCCGAUAUCAUGGCAGCACCUGCCACUUGGAGGUGGCAUCGUGCGUCUAUAGAAACGGCGGCUGCCUGCAGUACUGCACGGACCUGCCAGGGGGCACUGCUGUUCAGUGUGGAUGUGCUGACGGCUUCAAGCUGGAGUCUGAUGGACGCAGUUGCUCCAAGACAGUGGCCUUUCCCUGCGGCAUCCAGCAGGCGGCAGUGUUGGAGCGGGGUCGUGCCCUCUGGAACCUCUCGGAUGACGCCAACUUCACGGCACAAACAGACUUCCUCCUGGAUGACGGCAAUUUCACUGAGGAAAUGGACGCCAACGUCACCGGGAACACGGAGGACAUCUUGGAUGGUGGCCGCGGCAUCCGCUUCAACAAUUCACAACGUAUCGGAGAGUCACUCAACCCUCGCAUUGUGGGAGGAGCCUUGGAGAGACUGGGAGGAAGUCCCUGGCAGGUUCUCAUCCGUCGCGCCGACGGUUAUGGAUUCUGUGGAGGAACUCUGGUGUCGGAUCGCUGGGUGAUCUCGGCCGCGCACUGCUUCCAGCAGACCGCUCAUCACGUCACCAUAGGAGACUACGACAAGCAGCGUCGCGAUCCCGGCGAGCAGAACAUUCCGGUGGAGCGAGUCCUGCCUCAUCCCCACUACCACGAUUUCACCAUGGACAGCGACGUGGCUCUGGUCUACCUGGCCCGGCCUGUCGUCAGGGGGCCCAGCGCCAUCCCCGCCUGCUUGCCCGACCCCCACCUGUCCAAAAAGCUCCUCAAGGAGGACAACCGGGGGCUGGUGACAGGAUGGGGGGCCACCCAUUAUCUGCGCCGGUCCUCUCGAUUCCUCAGGAAGGUGGCGCUCCCGGUGGUCAACCAGCGCGCCUGCGCGGGGUCGACGGAGCAGGUAAUCACAGACAACAUGUUCUGCGCAGGCUACGUAGACGCCCCCAUGGACGCGUGCAGCGGGGACAGCGGCGGCCCCUUCGUAGUCAACUACCGGGGAACCUGGUUCCUAACUGGCGUGGUUAGCUGGGGCGAGCGCUGCGCCGCCAAAGGCAAAUAUGGCGUCUACACACGCCUGGGGAACUUCCUGAGCUGGAUCAGGACCACCAUGGAGAAGGUGGACCGCAACGCCACGCUCAGCUGAGCCCUCGACCGUUCUUCUUUCCUGGGCUGGAUGGAGGAAACGGGCCGCGACAG